CCUCAUCAGCAUCAUCGUGGCCAACGUGCCCGAGGGGCUGCUGGCCACUGUCACCGUGUGCCUGACCCUCACUGCCAAGCGCAUGGCCAGGAAGAACUGCCUGGUGAAGAACCUGGAGGCCGUGGAGACGCUGGGCUCCACCUCCACCAUCUGCUCGGACAAGACCGGGACCCUGACCCAGAACCGCAUGACCGUGGCCCACAUGUGGUUCGACAACCAGAUCCACGAGGCCGACACCACCGAGGACCAGUCGGGUGCCACCUUCGACAAGCGCUCUCCCACGUGGGCGGCGCUGGCGCGCAUCGCGGGGCUCUGUAACCGCGCCGUGUUCAAGCCGGGCCAAGAGAACGUCUCCAUCUCCAAGCGGGACACGGCCGGGGACGCGUCGGAGUCGGCGCUGCUCAAGUGCAUCCAGCUGUCGUGCGGCUCCGUCAAGAGGAUGCGGGACAGGAACCCCAAAGUGACCGAGAUCCCCUUCAACUCCACCAACAAGUACCAGCUGUCCAUCCACGAGCGCGAGGAGGACCCCCAGGGCUACCUGCUGGUGAUGAAGGGAGCCCCCGAGCGCAUCCUGGACCGCUGCUCCCGCAUCCUCCUGCAGGGCCAGGAGCAGCCCCUGGACCAGGAGAUGCGCGAGGCCUUCCAGAACGCCUACCUGGAGCUGGGGGGGCUCGGGGAGAGGGUCCUGGGGUUCUGCCACCUGUACCUGCCCCCGGACAAGUUUCCCCGCGGGUUCCGUUUCGACGCGGACGAGGUGAAUUUCCCCACCAGCGACCUUUGCUUCGUGGGGCUCAUGUCCAUGAUCGACCCGCCCCGCGCCGCCGUGCCCGACGCCGUGGGCAAGUGCCGGAGCGCCGGCAUCAAGGUGAUCAUGGUGACCGGGGAUCACCCGAUCACGGCCAAGGCCAUCGCCAAGGGCGUGGGGAUCAUCUCCGAGGGCAACGAGACCGUGGAGGACAUCGCGGCACGGCUCAACAUCCCCGUCAGCCAGGUGAACCCCAGGGAGGCCAAGGCGUGCGUGGUGCACGGCUCGGACCUGAAGGACAUGAGCUCGGAGCAGCUGGACGAGAUCCUGCGCAACCACACCGAGAUCGUCUUCGCCCGCACGUCCCCCCAGCAGAAGCUGAUCAUCGUCGAGGGCUGCCAGCGGCAGGGUGCCAUCGUGGCGGUGACGGGUGACGGGGUGAACGACUCGCCGGCCCUGAAGAAGGCGGACAUCGGGAUCGCCAUGGGCAUCGCGGGCUCGGACGUGUCCAAGCAGGCAGCAGACAUGAUCCUGCUGGAUGACAACUUCGCCUCCAUCGUCACCGGCGUGGAGGAAGGCCGCCUGAUCUUUGACAACCUGAAGAAGUCGAUCGCCUACACCCUGACCAGCAACAUCCCCGAGAUCACCCCGUUCCUGCUCUUCAUCAUCGCCAACAUCCCGCUGCCCCUGGGCACUGUCACCAUCCUCUGCAUCGACCUGGGCACCGACAUGGUCCCCGCCAUCUCCCUGGCCUACGAGGCGGCCGAGAGCGACAUCAUGAAACGGCAACCGCGGAACCCCCGCAGCGACAAGCUGGUCAACGAGCGGCUCAUCAGCAUGGCCUACGGCCAGAUCGGGAUGAUCCAGGCUCUGGGUGGGUUCUUCACCUACUUCGUGAUCCUGGCGGAGAACGGGUUCCUGCCGGGGACGCUGCUCGGGAUCCGCCUGGCCUGGGACGAUCGCUCCAAGAACGACCUGGAGGAUUCCUACGGGCAGGAGUGGACGUACGAGCAGCGCAAGGUGGUGGAGUUCACGUGCCACACGGCGUUCUUCGCCAGCAUCGUCGUGGUGCAGUGGGCGGAUCUCAUCAUCUGCAAGACCCGCCGCAACUCCGUCUUCCAGCAGGGCAUGAAGAACAAGAUCCUGAUUUUCGGGCUGCUGGAGGAGACGGCGCUGGCGGCGUUCCUGUCCUACUGCCCGGGCAUGGGGGUGGCGCUGCGCAUGUACCCCCUCAAGGUGACCUGGUGGUUCUGCGCCUUCCCCUAUUCCCUGCUGAUCUUCGCCUACGACGAGGUCAGGAAACUGAUCCUGAGGCGCUACCCCGGAGGCUGGGUGGAGAAGGAAACCUAUUACUGAUCCCCUCCCCCCCCUUUUGGGGACACCCCCGGAGCCCCUCCCCCACCCCAAAACUAACCCGGGGGGGGGGGUCGGGACCCCCUGAAUUGGGGGGGGGCACCCAGACCCCUCC